GAAGGCCUGCAAAGGCAAUAAGAGAAUAGAAACGUCAUUCGUUGCGUAUUUUUCAACAGUACGACACUACAAAUUAAUUUCCUAACUAUUUGUGUGCUUCAAACGUUUUGCCAAAGGGACGUUUUACGCUUAUUGCGGACGAAAGGUAGGAAACGAUGUGUUGGGUCUCGUGAAAGGUAGAAAAAAGCUUUGAUCAGAUUUCAGUGUGUGAGUUGUGGAACAGAAAGAAGCACAGCCAAAAAUUACAUAAAGAAAAAGAAAUUUGUUGAAUCUAUCUGCUGGUGCAUUAGAAGCAACGAUUAUCAGCUGAGCAAACCUUUCGCUUAAUUCGUGAGUAAUCCACUUGAAAUUUUGAAGUCAUCCAAGGAUAGUUCCAGAACUAGUCGAUAGCAGCUGCAAGGAAAAAAACAAAAUGUCAACUCCAGCUCGCAGACGUCUGAUGAGAGAUUUCAAAAGACUUCAGGAGGACCCACCGACUGGCGUUUCUGGAGCCCCCACAGAUAAUAAUAUAAUGAUUUGGAAUGCUGUGAUUUUCGGCCCUCACGACACACCGUUUGAGGAUGGUACAUUUAAGCUGACGAUAGAAUUCACCGAAGAAUAUCCAAACAAGCCACCAACAGUUCGUUUCGUGUCGAAAAUGUUUCACCCGAAUGUAUAUGCUGAUGGUGGCAUUUGUUUGGACAUUCUACAAAACAGAUGGAGUCCUACGUACGACGUGUCAGCUAUACUGACCUCCAUACAGUCCCUACUUAGCGAUCCUAAUCCAAAUUCACCUGCAAAUUCAAUGGCAGCACAACUCUACAAGGAAAAUCGUCGAGAAUACGAAAAGCGAGUGAAAGCGUGUGUUGAGCAAAGUUUCAUCGACUAGCCCUAUUUCCCCAGGAACUGUUACGUCUAUCGGUGUAGUUUUCCUCUUACAACAAAUUCGCGUUACCUAUCCCCUCUCAUAUUAUUAAAUCGCUGUUCAGUGUCCCCUAACUUCAGUUAAAAUCUCUGAUAAUUAAAAAUGUGCUAUUAAAAUCUGCGAAUGAUCACCUACUGUACUAUCCACAAUUAUUUACGUACAGAUGCUAUUUAGUAGCUGGUAGCGAUUAACACAUUGGAACUGUCAGAAUUCGUAAAGCUAGCCACAAAAGGUAAUUAACCGCAAGUUCUAACAAGAAGAAAUAUUCACAUCAUACAGUUAGAUGAAACACUACGCUGUAAACAAUUAGUUUCUGGAAUAAUUCCUAUUAGACAGGUGCUGAGAGAAGCAUCGUUUAUUGGAACAAGUCAAAAGUUGAUAUGAAUAAAUAAAACAGACUAGAAUGCUGGUAAAGUUUAAAAAAAUAAUAAAAAAGAAUCUUACACAGAUAUGUAUCUAAUUCACCCACAAUAACUUCAGCGAGAUAUAUAAAAAUGAACAGAAAUCAAUGAAAAUUUAUUCGUGAAAAAUGUUGUGGUUCAACAACUGAGCGAAAACGAGAAAUAAAAUCUAAUUUAAAACAUAAAAUCUAUAAUAUAAAAACAAAACUUAAUGUACUACGCAAAUUCAAAGAAAGAAAAACUUGAAAAUAAAGCAAGUAAAAUGAA